UGUCUGGAAUAUUCCUAUUGUUUUCUAAAUUGUUUUUUAUUCAACAGAUUUCUAAAACUGGGAAUGGGGUGAAAAUAUUAAAACUCUAGAAUUUAAUACAAAACCAUCUUACGUGUGUGUGAGUGUUGUACGCAGUAUUUGUCUGUGUAGAAAUUACGCAUACCGGUUUGGUCCAGGUUACCUGGCGUUGCAUAGUAACUGCCUUGUGUAGCUUUAAUUAUUACACAGUCUAGAAGAAGAACUCGGCCUUGUAGUUAUAUCAUCAUAGUUAUACACAAACAUUUAUUCACAGGUAUCCGAGUAUCCAGGUAUCCAGUUACUCCGGAUAUGUAUCACCGAAUAGAUAAAAGGACGGAUAUGAUUGUACAGAACUAGAGAUAAAUUAUAACAGGAUGGUUUCUCCGGGUCUGUGCUCCCUAUGCAGAUCCAACCAAACCCCAGACAAGAAGCUCUUCACAAACACGUGGAUCGCUGGCAAGGAGAGGGUUCCUCUGAGUUAUCUAAUUUACAGAUGGGUCCUGACCAUCCUCACAUUCCUCUUCUUUUCAGAAUCCUUCUUUACCCGUGUUAUACAAGAUUCUGACUGGAGGUACUGGUUAUAUUUGGCCACUUGGAGCAGACUUCUAGCUCUUCUUCAUUAUACUCUAGAUUCACUUCUAGUCACAGCUAGAUUGAGAAGAGAAUUUAAAGGUCAGGUGGAGUUAAGUUUAUCUGAGAACUAUGGAAGUUCUGGAGAAAACUAUGCAAGUUCGAGUUCUCCUCUCCCUCCCCUCUACAGAACAUUAUGGAUUCUUGCUAAUAUUAACUGUACAGUUUCAUUAGUGAGCAGUCUUGUGUACUGGCCUUUCUUCUAUCAGGUCGGAGUACAUCCCCUGGAUAUGCAGAAUCUGUCUGGUCACGCAGUUAUCACUUUAAUCAACCUCAUCGAUAUAUUCAUCUCAGAUAGACCUUGGAGACUAUUACAUGCGUUUCAUUCCCAACUGUUCUGCCUGGUGUACGCACUUACAAACUUUGCGUACAUAGAGGAGGAGGGUACUGCCAUAUAUUCUUCAAAUUAUAUGUACUCUAUCCUAGACUGGAGUGAUCCUACACAAUGUUUGUUAACAGUUCUUGGUCUCUCAGUUCUCAUCCCAGUCAUCCAUCUUUUCUUCUUCAUUCUUUACAAGUUUAGAUGUUUACUGACGAGGUUGGGACGGAGACAGGAUCAAUGUAAAUUAGAAAUUGAACUACACAAGAUACAGCUCAGGGAUAGGAGAAUCCAGCAGCAGGAUAAACCAUAAACUUGCUUACAAUCCAUUUUCAACAGCAGGAGUCUUUCAAGAUGUCCACGAAGGACGGUUAACGAACUUUCAAGAGAUCCUUCAAUGUUUGAGUGCCAUAACUUAUUCACAACGGUUCCCUUUAAAUCCUUUCUGAUAAACUAGGAUGAAAAUUUCUACUUAACGACAGAAAAUCUUUAAAAAUGCACGGGAAAAGUACUAAACAUUAACUUUAAAAUAUAGUUUUAGUUUUAUGUAUAUGUAUAUGUAUAUUAGCUGUAUUUUAAUCUCAUUCAGGUGUUCGGACUCGACACAACUCGCAUAGACAAUUUUAAAGCUCUGAUUUUAAAUUCAAUAUUUCGAAAAACUAUUUGAAUCAAAAAUUAAAUCUUUGCCACAAACUUUAACUUUUCACUAAUCUUAACCUACCGAUUGUUUAUCUAAACCUAUGAUAUUAAAAAAAGCAGAUUUAAAACUUUCAUUAUUUGAUCUAACAGAAUUCACAGUUUUGAAAUUACAAGGUCUACGACAUUGUAAUGCAAAUCAGAGUUUGUGGCAAAGACUCAAUUUUCUUUGAGAAGAUCUUAAUUUUGAGAUUGACUUCGCAAAUUUCCAAAACUUCCUUUUUUAUAAUGGUUUAGAUAUUAAAUAGCCCGGGGACCGUUGUGAGUUGUUAAACUACUAAAAUUAUUUCUAAAAUUUCUUUAAUUAUGAAUUUAAAACAAAAUAUGUAUGCAUUAAAUCUCAAUAUAUUGAAACAAUGAGCUUGCUAUGGAUCUAUUAUC